AUGCCUCGACGUUCGUGGGCGCGCAGGAUGUGGGGCACGCUCACGCUCUGCUGCGCAGGGCGUGCCCCCGACGGCCGCGGAGCCGUCCCCUCGGCCGGCGAAUCCUUCCCCCCCUGCGACGGCGAAAACAAUCGCUCGUCGCCUGCGAGCCGUGUUCCCCGUGACGGAGCGAACGAAGCCACCCGUCCGAAGCAGCAGUCGCGAUUGGUCGCCUGUCGUGCCGAUGCCGAGAUCCUCAGGGUGACCGCGAACGAGGACCCCGAGCCACCCACUCAUCAGGCUCCCGGGCCAACGCUGUGGACGGCGGUGACCUUCAUCUGCGCGAGCGCACCCAUCAUCCUCACGAACCUAUCGCUGGGGACGGCGCUGGGGGGCAGAUUCGCGCGCAGCCCUGCGCAAGAAGCAACCCGUCGAUUGCCAGGCGUGGAGCGCCGCGAUUCCUCGCGCGUGGCGAUGCUUCCGCGCACCGACGGCGCCGCGGUCGAUCCUGCCAAGGCGCCGCUCGACCAGAACGUCAACAUGAGCUUCGAAGACUGCAGGGACGCCGGAGAUGCUACGACGUGCUCGACCGUUCUUUCCGGUGACAUCCUGGUGUCCGCGGAGGCUCGCUCGUCCGCCUCGCGGUACAACAUUUCGUACAGGCGGAUCCGCGACGCCGCUCUGACUGCCCUUCGCGACACCGGUGCCCUGAGCGGCCCUCUGGUGUGCGCGGUCGUCGCGGCACUGCGAAGGUGCCGGGCGUUCUGGGACCUCGAGACGCGCUGCGGCCUGCGCGGCAUCCAGCGCGUGAUGAUCCAGUGCAUCCCGGAUCGCCUCCUCCUGCCCCUGCAAGUCGUGGAGCGGGACACGUUUGUUGUGCCGGUGAUCGGCCAGACGAGAGUCACGCUCGUGCCGCCCGCGUACGCCCUUCAGGGCCUCUACCCCUACCCGAUCCAGCACCCGCCGUGGUCUGCGCGUUGGUCGCCGGAAAAAUCAGCACGACGAUGCUGCAACUUGGACGCCUUUCAUCUUCGCGGCCGUCGCGGGUGCCCCGGCCGUUGUGUCCUGGCUGCGCUGGAGUCUGACUCAGCUGAACCAACAUCGACUGAGUGA